AUGCAGUGCGGACUGAAAUUCAUGCAAAAUGCCGCAGUCUGUGAAAACUUAAUAAUCACUCGCAAAACGGCACAAACACAGGUGAGCGGAUGUAUCAACAUCGGUGACUCAUACUAUGGCCAGCUACGGCAUAUUGACGGAGACCUGAGUGUUGACCUCCCAGACUUGGAAAGGCCUAAUCCGGACUUUGAUGAUGGCAAUGCCUCUCAAUAUCAUUCUGCCUCACAAAUGUCUACGACUGGCCGGAGGGGGGCGAUUGCUUCGACUCCAACCCUGGCCGUUCUCCUUACUGACGGCGUGUCCACUAUUAAGGCAGUUGAGCUUGGCGUACCACGACGGCCCGUGGGCAGCAUCGACCUCAAGACCAAAUUUGCGCCUGGGAGGAAGGUACGCCUGCGCGGUCCGCUGAAUAUUCGCAAGGGUGUGCUGAUCUUGCCCUGCGGAUCCCUUUCCGCACAGAACGUGCCGGAAUCCCAAUUUUACAUCCUUGGUGGUGAGGUGAGAGAUUAUCUUGUGUAUAUAAAAGAUGAAAGUCAAAAUUUCAUGAUAAGAUGUUGA